UGUCUAGCUGCCACGGUAACAUUACGUCUUUUCCGCUGCAAAAGUCAGGUUUAGUUGUCCCUUUUUGCUACCCGUCCGUAUCGUACGAACUAGCCUCCUGCUUAGAAAUGGCUGAAGCUCCACAACGGCCCUGCCGGUUUUUCUGUCACCGGUGUUCGGCAGAAAUCAGUCCGCGUCUACCGGACUACACCUGUCCACGCUGUGAUUCGGGUUUCAUUGAGGAGCUGUCUGAGGAAAGAAGUACUGAAAAUGGGUCCGCAUCCACGUCCUCUACCAGUGAUCAGAACCGGCCAGCUUUUGAGAGCAUGGAUCACCAACAAUUGUUCACAUUUCCCUCUGGGUACGGUCCAUUCGCACUUGGGAUUUUCGAUGAGAACUUCGACCUUCGAACGCGGCUACCCACAGAGGACAACAGAGAGACAGAAAACAGGAGAGAAAGGGAAAUGGCUUCGCGGCAACGAUACAGUGCACGGCAACCACGGGGUCGACAUGUUCCUCGAAGACAGGGUACGCGCCAUGAAGGAGUGCCCACAUUAGAGGGAAUUAUUCAGCAGCUAGUAAAUGGAAUAAUAGCACCUACAGCCAUGCCAAAUAUGGGGAUGGGACCAUGGGGUAUGCUACAUUCUAAUCCAAUGGAUUAUGCGUGGGGAGCCAAUGGUCUUGAUGCUAUCAUUACACAAUUGUUGAACCAGUUUGAAAACACGGGCCCGCCUCCUGCAGACAGGGAAAGGAUAAAGAGUUUACCUACAGUUACCAUCACAGAGGAACAUGUGGGUGCUGGUUUAGAGUGCCCUGUGUGCAAAGAAGACUACAGCGUUGAGGAGAAUGUCAGACAGCUGCCUUGCAAUCAUUUGUUUCACAAUGCCUGUAUAGUGCCAUGGCUGGAACAGCACGAUACAUGUCCUGUCUGCAGGAAGAGUUUGAGUGGACAGAACACAGCCACAGACCCACCUGGGUUAUCAGGAAUGAACUUCUCUCCUUCAUCCUCCUCUUCUUCCUCCCCUAGCUCACCUAACAAUGAGAAUGCUGCCAGAAACUCUUAGAUUUUCACCAUCACCACACAUCUGAAAACCUCACAACUUAAGCCAAGCGAGACCCAACGGGCUCCAAGCUAAGAACAGGACAGUGAUCCGUCUCAUUUCUAGGGGACGAUGUGGGUUUGAGUUGAACUCUGACUCUGAAAGUCAUCAUUCCUCCCCCUGUGCUGACUGGACUCCCGGUCCAGAGCCUGCUGCUAUUGUUGCCGAGUAUUUGAGGUGGUGGGACUGGGGGAUGUAGAUGGAGGAUCCUGAAAGGCUGUGACGAUAACAAUAAGCGGUGCGGAGUUUGAGCCGGAGUGGACUGCUUUUUGACAGAGACAUGUCAAGUCUGGGACAUAUUUUUUAUUCAAAAGACUGUUGCAACUUUUUUAGAAGCCUGUGGUGGUGCAGAGUGCAUAGAUGUGUAGAUAAAGAAUUUGAUAUCAUCGGUCAGCCGCUGUACAGCUAGUGGAUCAAACUUAAACCUUGUGGAAAGUGAUGCACUUUUUUUAUUUUGCACACAAUUGUUUCUAAUGUUGGGAAUGUGGAUUUGGGUAAACUACUGAACAAAAAAACAAACAUUUCUGCAGUGAAAAAGUAGUUUUUAUUCUGUUUUUUUUUUAUUAGAGCUUAAUCCAGUGUGUUUGUUGCAAAGUGACAAGGUUAAGAUCCGCAUUGCAGUGGACACGUUUUUAAUACCAACAAAAAAUCAUAACGAAAUACUUAUUUAUUGUACCCUUGCCCAAGACCCAAAUUGAGCACUGUAAAAAGAAAACAACCAUAUAAAAAAGGCAUGGGAACAUCUUACCUCUUUGAAACUGGCCAAAUGUGUGUCACUAACAAGUGUUUAAAUAGUAUUUGCUGAUUUUUCGUACAGUCACAAUAAUAAAUAAAGUGCUAAAACAAA